GUCCUCAAAAUCCACCAAGAUUUCGUUCUCGCCAAGCUGCGCACGGCCAAAGGUGCCGCGUUUGAUCACCUUAACCAGGAGCGCGAAGCAAAAUGCCAUCCGGGAACCCGGGUCGCCCUCCUCGACGAGAUAGGUACAUGGGCCAGCAAUUCGGAGAGCCACAGGAUAUUCUGGCUGCAGGGCAUGGCGGGGACCGGCAAGUCCACCAUCUCUCGUACGGUGGCACGCAUACUGGCCGACCGUAAAAAUCUGGGUGCCAGCUUCUUUUUCAAGAAGGGUGAGGUCGAUCGCAACAGCGCGACGCGCUUCUUCACCACGAUCGCUUCGCAGCUCGUCCGUCGGCUACCUGCAUUGGCCCAGCAUAUGAAAGAGGUUAUCGAAACCGAUCCCGAGAUUGGCGAAAAAUACUUAACUGUACAAUUCGAGAAACUCAUUCUACAGCCGCUGAAGAGGCUUGAUCAUGACCGCCGGAUUUCUUCGGAGACGGUGGUAAUUGUGAUCGAUGCACUUGAUGAGUGCGAUCCGGAAUCGCAUGCUACGGCGAUUAUCGACCUCCUGCCGCAAGCGAAGCAGUUAUCAUCGAUCAGCCUCAAGUUUUUCGUAACCAGCCGACCGGAAUUUCCCAUUCAAAGCGAGUUUCGGAAAAUCAGCGGCGAAUACCAAGAUUUGAUCUUGCAUCGCGUGGACAAAUACAUCGUCGAGAAAGACCUAUCCGUAUACUUCGACUCGGAGCUUUCCAAGAUCAGGGAUAAGUACAAUAUGGAUUUUCCAAACUCGCCGCUGCCCUCAAAUUGGCCAGGUCAAAACAACCUCCAAAUCCUGGUUGAUAGGGCCGUUCCGCUAUUUAUUUUCGCCAAGACGGUCUGCCUCUUUAUUCAGGAUCAAAACUGUGAUCCUCCUGACACGCAGCUGAACAAGAUACUACAGUAUCAGACGAUGGGACAGGAGUCUCGGCUCCACGCCAUGUAUUUCCCGAUUCUAGACCAAAUGCUUAUGAAACGCAUCGAUUCGGGAUUCAUCAGGCGUACUGACGAGGAACAAAAGGAGAUAGUGGAAAAGUUCCGCGGGAUUGUUGGCGCGCUCGUAAUCCUCGCCGAUCCGCUACCGGUUAAGUCACUAGCUCGACUGCUUGAAAUUGAGGAACGAAUCAUCCGCCAUAGGCUCAGCCUGCUCAAUUCGGUCCUGAACAUCCCGUCCGACGUAACCGCGCCGGUCAAAACACUCCACCUAUCGUUCCGCGACUUCCUUAUCGACCCUGAGAUGCGGGCUACCAACCCGUUCUGGGUCGACGAGGAAAUGACCCACGGGAAGCUAGUGACCAAGUGCCUCAAACUGCUGAGAGACUGCCUCCAAGAAGACAUUUGCAGCCUACAGAGGCCUGGGAAAUCUCGAGCAGACGUCGACAGACAAAUCUUCCUUAAGCGCUUGCCGUCUGAGAUUCAAUACGUGUGUCUCUACUGGGUCUAUCACUUGAAGCGGAGCAGGCGCACGGUCCGAGACGGAGACGAAGUGCACUGUUUUCUCACAGGUUACCUCCUCUACUGGCUUGAAGUGUUGGGUCUUAUAGGUAGGAUAUCAGAGAGCAUAGGAUUAAUAGACGAUUUACAGAGUCUAACGGAUGUAAGUUAG